AUGGAUAAAGCUAAGGUUUCACUGUCAUCUACCAAUGAUAAUGAGGAAGACAAGGUGAAUUUGUCUCUUUACUAUGAAUCGCUCUGCCCAUAUUGUGCAAACUUCAUUGUGAAUCAACUGGUGAAGGUUUUCAAGACAGAUCUCUUCUCCAUUGUCAAUCUCAGGCUUGUCCCCUGGGGAAACACUGAAAUUUCACCUAACAACACUUGGAUUUGCCAGCAUGGCGUAGACGAGUGUCGGUUGGAUGUUGCAGAAGCCUGUGCCAUCAAGCUCUGGCCUAGUGUGGAAACACAUUUCAAAUUUAUAUAUUGCAUAGAGCGUUUGCAUUUGAUGAACAAACACGCAGAAUGGCAAUCUUGUUUUGGUGCAGCUGGACUCAACCCAACACCCCUUAGAAAUUGUUACACUAAUGGGUUUGGAUAUCAGAUUGAGAGAGAAUAUGCCGGUGAAACUGCUCGUCUUAAUCCUCCACACAGAUUCGUACCAUGGGUGCUUGUGAAUAACCAACCUCUUCAAGAAGAUUAUCUGAAUUUCAUAGCCUACAUUUGCAGGGCAUACAGAGGGCAAAAGAUACCUCGGGCUUGCAAAUCAGGUUUUCCUGAAAUCAAUUCAUUCGAGAUUGCAACUUCAAGCCCUCAAGUUUGCACUGCAAGUUCUGGGAAGUAA